AUGAUGAAAAACAUAGUUAUUUUUGUGACAUUUUUAUUGGUUGCUGGUGACACACUUGCAACCAGUGCCAUCAACUUUCAAGUUGAGGGUUUUGAAGAUUCUGCUUUUCAAGAUGUGACACAUGGAAAAUUCGUCAUUGGCAAUAAUGGUCGAGAGUUAUAUUUACCUAACCAGAAACGAGCCAGUGAUCCGGCAUUGUUGAAGUUGAUUUUUCCCGGCUCAUCUGAUUUAGCCAUUUUAAAAGUGACUGGCAGUACACCCAACUUAUGGUCAUUACACUUAAACGACGGAACCACAAUGUAUCUUUCAGCAGAGCAGAGUCUUGUUGACGUUGAUGCCGUGCAACAGUUCAGCAUUUACUGGCCUGGUGUUCAGCCAAAAAACCACGCUAAUAAGACCAACAACAACAGUCGAGAGCUGUGCAUCAGCUACGGCUACCGGAAUGCCUCCUGGUACAAUGGCUACCAAAGUUUGGCACCCAGUUGGCCAAUGGACACCUCAAGGGUACUGCCUGUGCAGCCCUUCAACAACGUCCGCAAUUUCACAUAUGAUCCAAAAACAGAGGACUUUCAUCAAAUCCUUGAGCAGCUUUUUGUCAACAGCGACGGUUUUGCCGUUACCUUCGAUUACCGUACGCCGCUUUUCCUUCGACGCGAUCCAAACUUGGUGAAAGCUCACAACAGCAACACCUCAAACACUUUUGAGCCUCUACUCUGCUUUAGCGCCAACAAUUCCGGGCCGUAUGACCACCUGAACACUGACGCCGACUAUCGAGCCCUUCGAAUGCACAUUUUUAUUGAGAAAAAUACCCGUGAGGUAGUGGACUACACAGUGCGCUCCUCCGGCGCCAUUAGUCGACUGGAGGCCAUUCCCGAUGAGGCCAAGUUCCGCUUUCCAACGUGGUCCAUCGAGGGCGCAUCCUCUGUUGGCUCGUUCGCCAUCAACCAGGCGGCGGUACUUCAGUUUGCCAAGCAAAUAGUCGAGCACGGCUUUUCAUCGCACAGCCAGCUAAUGUUCGACGACUACCUCCAGCGGGAGCACAACAGCAUGGAGCUGACGGCCAGCCAGUAUCCCCAUCCAAAGGAGCUGCUGGCGACGUUGAAGGGCAUGGGCUUCACCAGGCUGGGCAUGACGGCCGUCGCGGCGACCUCAAAGUACCGUAGCGGCUUCAAGCACGGUGACAACUCCACCGCCGCCUUCUUCAUCCCCUACUACAAUGCCUCCAAUCCGACGGGAGUCAACUCGACGGACGUCACCUCGGUGAUUGACUUCAGCAGCGCCGACGCCUGCGAGUGGUACCAGUACCUGCUGCACCGGGCCAAGUACGAGUACGGCUUCUCCGCCUUCCAGCUGGAGGGCGUCUCCAUUCGAUGGCUGAUGGGCUUUCGGGACCGGGCGGUGCACCGCUCUCCAGCUCUCAUCACCAAACGGUACGUGGAGUGUGCCGCACAGCUAGGGCGGGAGGUGGUCAGCGAUGUCGGCUACGGAACGCAGCACCUGCCCAACUUUGUCCGCCUGACGCGAGACCGCUACAACCGAGCCGGCGGCUAUGAGCAGCAGCUGGCCGACCUGAUUCCCAACGUCCUCGCCGUCUCGCUGGCCGGCUACGCCUUUGUGGUGCCCUACCAGGUGGGCGGCUUCAGUCGGGAGGUGAUGCCCUCGCCGGAACUGUACAUUCGCUGGGUGCAGGCGGUGGCGUUGAUGCCGGCAAUGCACUUUUUUCACGCCCCUUGGAGCUACGCCGGAUCUGGUGCAGAGCACAGUGAGCUGGUUCUCAACCUGACACGGCGGUACGUCGCCCUGCACGAGCACUUCUCUCCGGAAAUCUUCCGUCUGGCGGGGGAGCGGGUCAGCAAGGGAUCACCCAUUGUACGGCCGCUGUGGUACGAGGCGCCGGAGGAUGCGGCCGCCUAUCACGUCGGUGAUCAGUUUAUGCUGGGAAGCAAUAUUUUGGUGGCGCCGGUGCUUCGAAUGAACCAAACGGAGCGUACGGUGUACCUGCCCAUCAAUGGGAGCACCUGGACUGACCAGCAUGGCGCCCGGUACGCCGGAGGGCAGACGAUUCGCGUGAAAGCGCCCCUUGAAGAGCUGCCCUACUUUACCCGAGUCCAACGGAAGCUGUGCUCUUUCUGCGAAGGACUGUGA